AUGCUUCGGUUAGGUAAAUUCGCAUGCGAAAUGGUAUGUCGUCAUUUCAAAGAAUUGAAAUCCAUUCGUUUCCCUAUUCUACAUGAGGUUCGGAGAGGUUCGCAAAGUAGUCCAAGCAAGAGACCUGUUUCACUUGAAAAUGCAAUCGCCGAUGAGGAUGACGUUAUUGAGGUUUUCGAUCUGCCCGUGGAGCCGCAAUUUGAAGAAAACCCCGAAUUCGACAUGACUUUAGGAUCGCAUGGUGGCGUAUUUGAUUUACCGGAAAUCGUUCAGUUUCUUAGAGUCGAAAAUUUUUCAGACAUUGUGUCUAUUCGGAUUCCAGAAACUGUAUGUUACGGCAAUUUUAUGGUGAUUGCCACUGCAAAAUCUAGCAACCACGUAUCCCAAACGUCCAAGAUUUUGCACCAACUGUUUAAAAUAAAGCGGGCUUCAUCGGACCCCUUCCCCUCUUUCGAGGGACUUGAAGAACGCGCCGACUGGGUCGCCGUCGAUUUCGGCAACAUUAUCCUUCAUAUGUUCACAAAGGUUGAGUGUCGUCAAAUGUACGACCUCGAAUCACUGUGGGGAAUUGGUCCCGAGUUCGACGAGAAAACACAAGAGCUGGAAUCCUCGAAAGCUCAAGUCGAUUUUCCCUACUCGAUGAAUCUCACCCAAGCAGACUGGGAGCGUAUAGUAGCCGAUGCAACUGCAGAGUAA